UGCCAAGCGUUCGGUUGGGUCUCAAGCGGUGUCUCUUGGAAUUGAAAUUGGUUUUGGUGCACCAUGGCUGGACGGGUUAUCAUCGCUCUUUUGGCUCUGUUGUCAAUCGCCAGCUUGGGUUCUGUUGACGCACGCAAGGGCUAUGGAUCCGGAGAGCAGGAUUGGGGAUUUGUGGAUGUCAGGACUGGCGCCCAUAUGUUCUACUGGCUCUACUACACCACCGCCAACGUUACCAGUUACACGGAGCGUCCUUUGGCCAUUUGGCUGCAAGGAGGUCCGGGUGCCUCCUCUACGGGAUACGGAAACUUUGAGGAGUUGGGUCCUCUGAAGCUCGAUGGCAGCUACCGCGACUGGACUUGGGUAAAGGACAUGAAUGUGAUGUUCAUUGACAACCCGGUGGGCAGUGGCUUCAGCUACGUGGACGGAUCCUCCUACUAUACGACAACCAACAAGCAGAUCGCUCUGGACCUGGUUGAGCUAAUGAAGGGCUUCUACAAUAACCACCCGGAAUUCAAGACCGUGCCCUUGCACAUCUUUUGCGAGAGUUACGGCGGAAAGAUGGCUCCGGAGUUUGCUCUGGAGCUGGAAUAUGCCAUCCAGCGUGGAGAGAUCGAGAGUAAUUUUGUUUCUGUGGCCCUAGGAGAUCCCUGGACCUCCCCCAUCGAUUCUGUGCUCUCGUGGGCUCCUUUCCUUCUGCAGUUGGGAAUCGUGGAUCAGGAUGGUCACGACAAGAUUGAAGCUUCGGCUUUAAAGACCAAGGACUACGUGGAUCGUGAAAGGUGGACGCAAGCCACUCUGCAGUGGAGCUCCACCCAGUCCGUGGUGCUGCGGGAGUCCAAGGGAGUGGACUUCUAUAACGUGGAGACCCCCACACUGGGUGAUCAGUACCGCUUGAUGGCCCGAGCUGCCAUGACUCCUGAGGAGCUCAUGUACCGCACUCUGGUGAAAUUUGACGUCGAUGAGGAUCGCGACCAGAUGCUGGAGGAUCUUAUGUUGGGACCCGUCACAGAAGCCCUGGGAAUCACCACAGGUGUCAAGUGGGGCGCUCAGAGCGGCACCACCUUCACCAGGCUCAUGGGAGAUUUCAUGAAGCCCGCCGUGGAUAUUGUCGGUGAGUUGCUGAGCAACACCACCGUAAAGGUUGGAGUAUUUUCCGGAGGCCUUGACCUGAUUUGCGCCACUCCCGGAGCCGUCAACUGGAUCGCCGACAUGGAAUGGACAGACAAGGCUUCGUACCAGGCCGCUUCUCGUGUGGGAAUCACCGUGGAUCGAGUUCUGGAGGGUUACGAGAAGACUUACGGCAACUUCAGCAUGUUCUGGGUUAACCGUGCUGGCCACAUGGUCCCCGCCGAUAAUCCGGCGGCUAUGUCGCACAUCCUGAGACACUUCACCCAGUUUGGCUAAACUGAGAAACGAAGUGAUUAUACAUAAAUAAAUAAUAUUGUCGAAAUGUA